AGUGGCGAGGGAAUCACGGUGAUAUCGAUGCCGGUGGAUGGGCGGUGGUGCUUCUUUUUAUCUUUGCCUUUUCGCUUUCUUCCGAGGUAAAAAGCGGAGACAGAAGCAGAGAUGGACAGUUCCAUCGGCUUUCAAGGCAGUAGCAGGCACGGAGAACAUGAGGAGCUCUCAAUUCAUCCUCGUUCUCCUUAUCAUAUACUUUAUCUGUGGAAUGAAGUGCAAUGAUACCAAUGACUUGGGCGGUGGCGGAGGGGGCAGACUAUCUCGCCGCGGCGUAGGCGGAGGAGGGCACGGCCGUGGCAUCGACGGCAACGGCGUCAACUCUGGAAGCAGCAAUUCUGAUUCCGGCUCAGGAGCAGAGGUUCCGGUCCUCGGAGCCGCCGCAGCAGCAGCAGGUCACCACGGCAGCCGUGGCCACAGUGCUGCAAGCAGGCACGGCUACCACCUCCGUGCCAUGCUCACAACUACUGCGUUCUCAGCUGCCAUUCUUGUGUAUCAGCAGUAGCAGCACCAGCAGAAGCUUCUUCUGAUAUAGGAAAGCUGGUUGGUUUGGUGCAGUGCUUUCUCAGCACUUUGUAUAGUAAAGCUGGUUGAUACGAAGAAGCUUUGUGAUUUUAUGCUUAAUGAAAGAGACUCCACAAUCA